AUGAGUGAACAAAUGGAUGCAAGUAAUAAUGAUGCGUCUAAUGUUAGUCAAAGUUCAGAGACAACUACAAAUACAAAAUUUAAAUUAACUAUUAAAACACCAAAAGAAAAAAAAGAUAUAUCAAUUGAUGCCACUUCAACUAUUAAACAAUUGAAAGAUUUAGUGGCUAAUGAAUUUAAUACAUCAAUUGAUCAAAUUUGUCUUAUCUAUUCGGGUAAAAUUCUAAAAGAUGAUGAAGAUAUUAAAAAACAUGAUAUAAAAGAUGGUGUUACUGUUCAUUUGGUUAUUCGAGCACCAAAACAGGAUACAACAACAAAUGACUCUACCAGUCCAACAUUUUCUAGAGUUCAACGCGAAGCUCCUACUCGUCCAACUCCAACUCCAACUCAACAACCUAAUCCAACUGGUACUUUUCCAUUUGGUCUUGGUGGUAUGCCUGGUAUGGAUAAUUUAAAUUUUACUGAUAUGCAACAACAACUUCAGCAACAAAUAAUGAGCAAUCCAGCACAACUUCGUCAAUUAAUGGAUAGUCCUGUUGUGCAAAGUAUAACAAGCAAUCCUGAUUUAUUACGUUCAUUAUUACUUAGUAAUCCACAAAUUCGUGAUUUAAUGGAGCGUAACCCUGAAAUAUCACAUUUACUGAAUAAUCCUGAUUUACUUCGACAAACAAUGGAAUUUGCUCGGAAUCCAACAGCAUUACAAGAACUUAUGCGUAAUCAUGAUCGAGCUUUAAGUAAUCUUGAAAGUAUUCCUGGUGGUUUCAAUGCUUUACAACGUAUUUAUCAUGAUGUACAAGAACCAAUGUACUCAGCAGCACAGGAACAAUUUGGUAAUAAUCCAUUUGCACAAUUAUUUACUGGCAAUGAAAAUACAACAACGUCACGUACUGAAAAUACUGAUCCAUUACCAAAUCCUUGGGCACCUCGUAAUACUUCUGCAGCUGCUACACCUUCUCGUCAAACACAACAACCAUCUACUAGUACAACAAAUACUCAGCAACAGCAACAACAACAACAGCAAUCAACAGCUUCAGCAUUACCAACUAAUGCUACUGGUAGUUCACCUAAUUUAGUUUCUCCCAUGAUGCAAAAUUAUAUGUCACAAUUAACUCAAAAUCCUCGUUUACUUGAAAAUGUUCUUAAUGCACCUUAUAUGCAACCAUUAAUGGAUUCGCUUGCUGCUAAUCCAGAUAUAUCAAGACAAAUGGUUACCAAUAAUCCAAUGUUUGCAAAUAAUCCUGAAUUACGUGAACAAAUGCUUAAUGCUUUACCAACUAUGAUGGAACAAAUGAGAAAUCCUGAAGUACAAGCAUUAAUGCAAAAUCGUGAAGCACUUGAAGCUAUACAACAAGUACAAGAAGGACUUCAACGUUUACAUGCAGCAGCACCUAAUCUAUUUCAAGCUGGUGGUUUACCAGCUGCUCUUCGUUUUGGUCCAACUGGUCUAUCGUCACCAGCUAAUACAGGAACCACAUCAUCAUCCACUGGUCAACCGACAUCAUCGACUUCAACAUCAAGAACAAAUACUGGUAAUACACCAUCAUCAAAUGACCCAAAUAAUUAUGCAGGUGUAUUUGCUCAAAUGUUGAAUAUGAUGUCAAAUCAAAAUAUUAAUACACCACCUGAUGAACGUUAUGCUGUUCAAUUAGAACAACUUGUUUCAAUGGGUUUUACUAAUCGUGAAGCAAAUUUACAAGCUUUAACAGCAACAAUGGGAGACGUAAAUGCGGCAGUUGAACGACUUCUUUCUCAACAUUAA